AUUCUCAGUAUUGCUCAGUUUGAGAUCACUGAGUUCUAAAAGUGCACUUUUGUGAUUAUUCUGCAGAUGGAUUAGUGUUUCAGAAGAAUAUGUGGGUGAUAAGUGCAGUUUUAAAUACCUGACAAAUGGAUGGUAAAUACUGAUAAGAGGGAAUUAACCAUUGUUUACUCGGUGGAUAUACACAAUGAGUCUUUGCUUGAAUUCCAUUCAGUUUAUGAGUUAUGAUGGCGAAAAAUAGGAAAAUUUUCAAAGAACUUCCAUUUGAAGUGAAAGAUAUUGAGAAUGAAGUGUAUGUUCAAACAGGAAUUCCGGAUCUUCCACAAUUUCGUGGAAUUUUGGUUGGACCUAAAAAAUAUUUUUUACAUCCCAGUUACAGAGAAUGUGGUUUAGACAUAUACAAUUUUGAAGCAAGACCGGAUGAUGUAUGGUUGAUGGGUUAUCAUAGAUCAGGGACAACUCUCCAUGCGGAAAUGAUAUGGCUGAUUGCUAAUAAUUUGGAUUUCCAGAAGGCUGCUGAAGAAGUUAUUGAUUUCAGGUUUCGACAUUUAGAUGGAAGAAUUAAUGACGCAUUGCUACAAUUUCACGAAAAAAUUGACAAGGUAGCCUUUUCAGCUGAACUGCAAGAACUAACCAACAAAUAUAAAGAAAACAUAGAAGAGUAUGAUACAGGAAAACGACGAUUCAUCAAAUCACAUCUGCCAAUAAGUUUGAAUCCACCUCAUAUAUUUGACGUUGGGGCCAAGGUCAUUUAUAUUGCCAGGAAUCCAAAAGAUGUCAUAGUUUCCAUGUAUCAUCUUUCCUGUUUUCUGUUUGAAGAUCUUUCCGAUGCCAAAUUUGAAGAAUUCUUUCAUGUUUUCAAAUCAAAUAUGAUUUUAUACCAACCUUAUUUCGAACAUGUCAAAGAGGCUUGGGCGAGAAGAAAUGAUGACAACUUUCUUUUUAUCUUCUUCGAAGAUACAAUUAAGUCCACUUACAAGAAACUGAUCUUUUCUGAAAGUAUUCCUGUGUCAAUUUGAAAUGAAGUCCAAUUUCUGGGAUUCGAUUAACUCAUACGAAUGUGUGUAGAUUUGUCUCUUCAGGUCUUGAAAUUUUAUCCGGUUUUGAUGAAACUACGAAACUACGAAGUACACUGUUGAGAAUGACAGUGUUCCUAUAUGAGUGAAAUUUGACAUCACAUAUCCAAUGAUCGAUAUCCUUUUCAAUUUCAUAACGAAUAUACGUAGUACAAACUGAAUGGGAGAAAGUGAUUUUCAUGUGAUUCAAUGUUGAUAUAAAAGUAGCUUUGUCGAAAGGGUUUUUUCUUCCAUUCUGUAUCUGAAAGAAAUGUCUAUGUACCUAAUGUACCUAUAUGCUGCUAA